GAUGGCGACCCUCUUAUACACUUUGCUCUACGUGCUGUCAAUAACAUUAACGUCCUGCCGUGUUCCUGACGACACAUUAGGAGUGAACAGAGACAAACUCAACGAGGGUGAAGUGCCUGCGAGAGACAGCCUAGAGGAAAGUGAGGCAAAUGGCGUGAAAGAUGCCAGUGGGGAUUAUGUGUAUGGCAGUGAUGGAGGUUUUAAGGCUGAUGUUAUGGCCAGUCAGGGCACCAAGGAGAACUCAUCCAAGGUUUCAGACACUGAGAAGGCUGAUGUAGAUGGGGUGCUCCAAGUCCUCCUUCAGAAUACAACUGGAGGAGAAAAGAGUGAAAGUAGUGGCAGUGGCAGUGGCAGUGGCAGUAGCACCUCAGAGAUAAAAAACUGGCCAGUGUUCAGAGAUUGGAAUGAAGAGUAUGAAAGAAUUUCCUGCAUCAAAUGUCUUAGACCUCAUUGCAACCAGAUCACUGAGUGUCAUAAUGCUAUCAUGUGCUGGAAAGCUAAGACUCGAACAGAACACGGGGAAGAAAAUGAGUCAAAGGGAUGUAUCAAGGUGCCAGAGCAAGUCCACAUGCAAUGUGCCUCAAAAGAGAUUCACAAAAACUUUUUCAAGAUCGACUGUUGUCGUACCAACUACUGUAACAAUGGGAGCUUUCCUGUCUUACCCACAGCUGACAUCAUAAAGGGGGAAGACUCAGAAAUAAUGAGUGUUCUGGUGCACCAUGUGGUGCCUGUACUUUUGGUUGUGAUUACUGCUAUCCUUGUAAUCAUUUUCCUGCAACAUGCACACAAGAGGAGAAUGAGAGCCUAUGCAUCUGCUGCAGCUGCAUCUGCCUUGCCGUUACCUCAUGCCAUGUAUAGAGAUGAAUUGAGGGCAACUGCUGCAGGGGACUCAACACUAAGGGAAAUCUUUAAUGACUCCAUAACUUCAGGAAGUGGUUCAGGUUUGCCUUUGCUCAUCCAGCGAACUCUUGCCAAACAAAUCUGGCUUGCAGAAGUUAUUGGAAAGGGUCGUUAUGGUGAGGUAUGGCUUGGUAUAUGGCAAGGAGAAAGUGUUGCUGUCAAGAUAUUUUUUUCGCGUGAUGAAGCAUCGUGGGCAAGAGAAACUGAAAUUUAUAGCACUGUGCUGCUCCGUCACGAGAACAUCCUUGGCUUCUAUGGAUCAGACAUGACAUCUCGUGGGGCAUGUACUCAACUCUGGCUGGUCACUCACUAUCAUCCUCGUGGCUCUCUGCACGACUACCUGAACAUCCAUACCUUGGACCACACAUCACUAAUUAAUAUUGCCCUCUCUGCCAUCAAUGGAAUCCUUCAUUUGCAUACAGAAAUAUUUGGUACACAAGGAAAACCAGCCAUUGCCCAUAGAGACAUCAAAACAAAGAACAUUUUGGUAAAGCUGAACGGGACAUGUGUGAUUGCCGAUUUUGGACUGGCUGUGAUGCAUACUCAAACUACAGGGGAAAUCAACAUAGGCAAUAAUCCCAGAGUAGGAACAAAGCGCUACAUGAGCCCUGAAGUUUUGAAUGAAUCGAUCAACAUGACUGUGUUCGAGUCUUUCCGUAAAGUGGACAUCUAUGCUCUUGGUUUGGUUCUGUGGGAAGUUUGCCGAAGAUGCAUAUCCAAUGGAAUCAUAGAUGAGUACAAGCCUCCUUUCUAUGAUGUAGUUCCCAAUGACCCAAGCUUUGAUGACAUGAAGAAGGUGGUGUGUGUGGAUCAGUAUCGACCUGUCAUCCCCAAUAGGUGGACAAGUGAUCCUGUAUUGACAGGAAUGUCCAAGAUCAUCCGUGAAUGUUGGCACCAGAACCCUAGUGUGCGACUAACAGCCCUCAGAGUCAAGAAAUCACUGGUGAAGUUGGCACAGGAAGAGACGAAAAUCAAACUGGAAUUUGACUGUUGACACAAGAAUAUGUCAUUCAAAGUUCAAAUUGUAUUUGAGUGAAUGGAUAAAUGUGAACUCAUUGUGUUGCUGGUUCCAGCACAGUGCAGCUGGCUUUGUUAGGUGAAAAUAUGUAUUGCUAAAGAGUAUCAAAAUGGAUUGUUGUUACUACAUGUUAUUUAAUACUCAAGUGUAGUUAAGCAAAUUAGGUAUUGCUGCAGUGCUAAAUGUAAGAUUAUAAAAAACAGAAAAUAAUGGGCAAAAUUUGAUAUAGCCACAUCAUUUAGAAUGGUGAAUGUAUUAUGUAAACAUCCCUAACACUUGGGAUUUUUUUUAUCUUUGCAGGAUUCAGUCCAUAUAACAGGUGAAAGUACAAUAUACUCCAGCAGCUGACUGUAAACCACAAUGAAUUUACUAAUUUAGUGUAUAUUCAGGACUGCCUUUUAAAAAUUUACAAUUCUUUAUCAUUUGCAAUAAGGAUUAUAAUGAUAAUCAUAAUAAUGAUGAUACAAAUAUUUGAUCUGUAGGGUUAACCAACAAGAUAUAAAUACAGUAUGUAUCUCAUAUGUAACUUAUUACUUCAUUUUCAGAAUUUUUCACACAAUUUUACUUAUACUAUUAUUAACUUAAAAAUAACACUACAGCUGCUGCUGCUGAUCCUACAAUAAUACCUACUAUGUCCAUAUCCCCAUUCAUUUACUUUUGUUAUUCUUUGUUUUUCUUCUUUUCUUUUUUCUUUUUCUUUCUUAGUAUAUACAUCUUCUUGAUGGACACAAACCAUAAUUCAGAGUGAUAAUAAUUUCAACAUUUUCUUUAUUUUUUUUAUUUUUUUAUUUUUUUUUUUUUUUAUGUAAGGGCACUAACACAUUUUAGAGUGGAUGUUUAUGUGUGUACAUGCCCACAGGAGUUGUGUAGUUUAGUUUUUGUAAAAGUUAUGGAAUACAAAUGAAAACUAUAUACAGUAUUGGCUCUGAGAGCAUUGAGAUUACUGAUCUUGUUCAUGAAUAUUACUUAAUAGUGGCAUAGAUGAGUGUCAAAGAAGGUGUAGACUGAGUGUGGUGAUAUAGUGAGAUUUUUCCUCUCUCUCUCUCUCUCUCUCUCUCUCUCUCUCUCUCUCUCUCUCUCUC